CUUUCCGAAUACAAACAGUAAGGAUGUCGUUAGCAAAACGGGUCCGCGUCACGCAGUCCUACUUCGGACAAUUAAUUAUCGGCCCGCCCGGUUCCGGUAAAACGACAUACUGUGCCCGGGCGAGGGAGUUUUAUAGUGAUAAGUUAAAUCGUAAGUGUGACGUGAUCAAUCUCGAUCCGGCAAACGAAAAUAUGGGCUACAAACCGGCGAUCGACAUUAUGGAGCUUGUGUCGGUCGUGGACGUCAUGCGAGAUUUAAGUUUGGGCCCCAAUGGCGCAUUGAUGUACUGCAUGGAGUAUUUGGAAGAAAAUUACGACUGGCUUCUGGUAAAAUUACGUGCGCUUAAAGACAGUUACCUAAUCUUCGACAUGCCAGGCCAGGUCGAGCUGUACACGCAUCACUGUGCGAUUAAGACAGUCUUCGGUAAGCUGCAAGAGAUCGGUUAUCAUCUUUGUGUCGUGCACGUAGUCGACUCGCACUACUGCUCCGAUCCGACCAAGUUUAUCUCAACGUUGCUGUUGUCGCUGUCGACGAUGCUACAAAUAGGGUUACCUCACGUUAACGUGUUAAGUAAAGCGGAUCUUCUAAGGAGGCAUUCGGAAAGUCUCGAUUUCGGCUUGGAUUUUUACACGGACGUGCUGAACUUGGAGUACCUGCUCGAGCUGUUGGACGAGGGGCCCUUCUCGUCCAAGUUUAAGAAGCUUAAUGCGGCAAUCGUAGGUCUGAUUGAGGAUUACAGUCUGGUUGGGUUUAUUCCGAUGGACGUUCGAUCCAAACGCAGCCUACUCGCCGUGAAAGACGCAGUGGACAAAGCCAACGGAUAUGUUUACGGUAGCGGAGAGGAACGCAGCAUACAGGCUUUGCUGUCGUGUGCGGUAGGUGCGCGUACCGAAGAUGAAAGAUUAGAUACUGAUUUUAUGUAAUUUAUUCGAGAAAAUACACUAAUUCGCCUUCG